UAAAUCAGGAGCACAGGAGCACAGGAGCACCGGACCGAUACUGGCUGACACACACUGACUGCAGACAUGAUGAAGUUUAUUCUGUUGAGUGCUUUUGCAGCCCUGGUGCUGGCUGAGAGACGGCCGCCCAUGCCCAGAUACAUGGAAGAUGUACAUCAGCCCAGAGUUGUUGGUGGUGAGGUGGCGAAUCCCCACUCCUGGCCCUGGCAGAUCUCUCUCCAGUACAAGUCUGGCAGCUCUUUCUACCACACCUGUGGAGGAACUCUGAUCAGGAGGGGAUGGGUCAUGACAGCCGCCCACUGUGUGGACAGUCAGAGAACCUGGCGUGUGGUUCUUGGAGAUCACAACCUGAACUCCAAUGAUGGUACCGAGCAGAUCCUGAGCGUCAGCCAGGUCUACAUUCACAAUGGGUGGAACUCCAACAACGUGGCUGGAGGGUAUGACAUCGCCCUGCUGCGUCUGUCCUCCGAGGCCACCCUGAACUCAGCUGUCCAGCUGGGCACUCUGGCUUCCGCUAACUAUAUCCUGCCCAACAACAACCCCUGUUACGUCACCGGAUGGGGAGUCACCUCCACCGGUGGUUCUCUGUCCAACAGCCUGAAGCAGGCUUGGCUGCCCAGCGUCGACCACCAGACCUGCUCCAGCCCUGACUGGUGGGGAUCCACUGUCAAGACCACCAUGGUCUGUGCCGGGGGUGGAGCCAACUCUGGUUGCAAUGGAGACUCCGGUGGACCCCUGAACUGCCAGGUCAAUGGUCAGUACCAAGUCCACGGCAUUGCCAGCUUUGUGUCUGGUUACGGAUGCAACACACCCCUCAAGCCCACCGUCUUCACCCGUGUGUCUGCAUACAUCAGCUGGAUGAACGGAAUCAUCGUUUGAAAAGGAGGAUCUUUGAACCAAAUAUUCCAGAUUCACCAUCCACCAGCUCAAUUUCAUUCAGAUUCUGCUGUAAAGAUUUAAUGAACAUAAACAUUGGCGCAAACACUUUC